AUGAAAGAAUACAAUCAAAGAAGCCGAAGACUAGAGGCGUUUGGAGCCUACAGGAGCCCAGUUGUGCUUUUCUCAGCGAUUUUGCUCACGCUUUAUUUACGUUGGACCGGGAGAAGCUUUGCGGGGAGUGUGUGCUGCAGCAAAGCAGAGCACAUGGAGGAAGACCAGAAAAAAGAGGGCGCUCCUCUUUCUUUUCCCAAAGAAAGCAUAGGCCCUGUUGAAGAGCUCUCUCCUAAAGUAGCCAGGCUGCAAAAAAAGAAGCCGCUGCUGUGGCUUAUAGCCCGGCUUGGGUCAAGCCUGUGCAUUAAGCACGCCACCCUUUUGGAAAUGGUGCGCUCUUCCAAGAAGCAUUUAGACUUGCACAAAGAGCAGGGCUGGACUGCCGCAAUGUUUCGCCAGGCAGCUGCCUUUAUAGAAAUGCAUGCGCCAACCACGGGGAGUAACAGCAUGGUGAUGGAAAGCCUCCCAGGCGCCCGUCGAGAACACACCGUCACCACGGGGGACCUUCUUCUGUUCUUGGAGAGGCUCGAGGCCCAUCAGCACGAAGUUGCGGCCUAUCCUGUGGUGCCGGAAAACCCGAAAUUGCACGGCUUGAACAUAGCAAUGCAAGUUCUUUUUGCCAUACCCGAAAUAUACACGGAUUUCAGCUGCCUGGAGGAGCUGUUUUUUGUGCAAAUGCAAAAAGAGUAUGAAAGCAGCAAGGAGAGGCAGGACACUCUUCGCGGGUAUUUGGAAAUGCACGGGCUUGGGUGCAGCCAAGAGCGCUUUAUCCGGAUUUUGGAUUUGCUGCGCAAAGCCGCAAGCACUAUGGCGCUGCACAAAGACCAAAAAACAAGCAUGGCGAGCUAUGUCGAGAGAAUGGAAAGCGCAUGUAGCGAAAUAGCGCAGCUGUUGCUUGACAGCGCGGGCGCCCCCGGCGGCGCCAACCAGCUCGGCGCAACCUCUGAAAGCUUGUUUGAGGCGCUAUACCAGCACGUGGCGGUUUUCUAUGAGGUCUGCCCACGACGCGUGAAUGGCAUGGUUCUGCAGGGGCGAAAAACCGUGUUUCCGAGGGCGCACCACACAAGCGUCUUUGAGCUAGACGGGGAAACCGGGCAGAUGCGUUUGAGGUCUGUAGAGAAAACGUUUAAAAGCAGGCAAGACGUGGCCUGCUUCAGCAACAUGCGCGUGCAGCACGUGUACUAUGUAGACAACGAAAAGCAGAGGCGAGAGAUGGUGAUAAUUCCGGUCCUGGGAAGCAACAAGCUAAGCUGCAAGCAGAUCAUAGCGUACAUCUCGGGCAUGUACAAAAAGCCCGAGGAAAGCCUGCACGUUUUUGGAAUGAAUCUGCAAACACGCAGGUGGACAUACAUAGACCGGGAGGUUGCAGAGUAUACAGAGCCAAAAAGCGAAAGCACCGACAUCCAGGUGUUUUACUACAUAGAAGGGACGGAGUCCGGGCACAGCCAGGUGCUGCUGCGGUUUGUGGUGUUUGGGCCGUCUUCAAGCAGCAGCACACCCUUGGACCAAAGCAUGCUGCGCUUUCCGCUGUUCUUCAACGAGCUGUUUGUGGAGUCGCUGGACUGUUUUGGCUUUGGGCACACGCUUUGCAGAGCGCAAGACAGCAAGGAGAUUGCAGCCAUACGCGCCUUAAGCGAGGUGGUCAACAUGGCGCCGUAUGUGUACAUGGCUAACCCGAAAAGUGAAAAAGACUACUACAUCAACAACGCCAUCCACAUAGACGAGCUGACGAGCUCGCUGGACUUGGAUCUGGGGAUUGCAAACUCGUCUCUAAAGGUAGAAAGAGAGGAGGUGCACGGCAAAGAGACCGGCCAGACCCUGUACACCUACUGCAGUAGAACAGCUGGCCCCGGGUGGUAUUACAGCAUGCGCGCGAAGGAGGGCACAGAAGCGGCGCAGGCUGCAUACAGAGCAAAAGACCCGCGGUGCCCGGAGAUAAAAACGAUGGUGAUUCGCGACUCAAAUGUGCACAUGGCGCCGCAGUAUAGAAAGGAGUUUGUUGUGUGCGUCCAGAGCUCUUUGUGCGGCAACUCUACAGCGUACUGGGCCAUUGACGGGAAAGCAGCCUAUCCGCGCCGCAUGGCUGGAAACACCGCAGGCAUGCCUUAUGCGCUGCACGGCUGGGAGCUUCGAUACGCCAUAUUCUAUCCUGCGUGGAGCAGCAUGCGAAGCCAGCUGGGCGUGGCCGCGGAUAUUCUGGAGGCUUUGACAAACGAAGAGCCUGUGCAAUAA